AGCUUGUCCCAUACUGAGCGCAAGUCAAGCGUAACGACACCUCCACUUUGAUAUCGGUCAAGCAAUCGCGAGCCAGCCGCUGUCGUUGCACACUGCCAUCCACCACAGUGCACUUGACUGUCAAGCCCCUGAACGCUCUAGCAAACGGAGCCAGUGAGACCCGUGCUUCUGCCCAGUCCCUGUCUCUUGUCGCUCGACGUCACACCCCAUCGGCAUGAGCGAUUCUCCCCAGCCCUCGGAUGACGCAGACGUCAAGGCGCCAUUCCCGAGUCUGCCGUCCGUGCCCGAAGCCGAGGAGCUCACGCCCCCGAAGCUCAAGCAGAUCGUCGACCUGCGUGACACCAACCACGCCGACCUGGCUAGGAUGGGCUUCACCGAUAGCCACUACGACGCCGCCGUCGCUUCAGGCUCUGUCGCGCUCGUGGAUCUAGGCGACGAGACGCAACAGCAACUGGCCCCGCGCUCAAGGCUCCCGUCGUAUGCGUCGUCCUCUGGAGACGGAUACUCGUUGGAGGGGGAUCUACAUGGAAUCAACGAGCAAUUACAGCGUGUCCUGGCGUUCUGUGAAACGCAGCGAGAGAAUCCUCUGCGGCUGCAGGCCAAGAUCAAUGACCUGCAGGAGCAAUUACGUCAGGCCAUCGCCGAGAAGAACUACUGGAUGAAGCGCUGUAAGGACCUCACGGGCCACCAUCCCCCAGCCGCCGAAGUCGCCAAGGUGGACCUACAGUGCGUCAAGAGCCGCCCGCGCAAGCGCACCAACUCAGAGCUCAUUCUGAUCGCCGACACGUGGGCGCAACCUGGUCGCGACGGCAUCUACAGCGAGGACACCUCGAGCGUCGUGGAAAGCGAUGCCUCGUCGACCUACAGCGAAGCGGAGCUCGUGGACGAUGGUGCCGCGCCGCGCUCCUGUUUCCGGCUACUACAGUGUUCUGAUGAACAAUGCGAGGUAUUCACCCCCAUGAACCGCAGCAUCCGCACACAGCACCGCUCGCGCAACAAUGUCCAGCUCAUGUGGGACGAGCCGCCCAAGACUGUGCUAAUUGUUAAGAAGCCUAAUGAACCCGACACGACCGAGAUGCUGGUGGGGCUGACGUCGUGGCUGCACAAGGAGAAAAAUAUCGACGUUUACUUGGAACCGGCAGUGCACGAAGAGCUUAAGCUGCCCAAUACCAAGACAUGGGGCAGUAAGCCGCAGGACUGGAUCGAGUGUCAGAGUAAGAUCGACUUUGUGAUCUCGCUAGGUGGUGAUGGAACGGUGCUGUGGGUCUCAUCGCUCUUCAGCAAGAGCGUGCCGCCCGUCUUCUCGUUGGCCAUGGGAUCGCUAGGAUUCCUGACUCCGUUUGACGCUGAGAACGCUGUGGAACAUCUCACUAGUGUCAUCAACGGCGGCUUCUACAUGUCCCUGCGCUCGCGUCUUUCGUGUACCAUCUAUCGUGGCUGCAAGGAGCGUGAAAUCGCAGGUAACCUGCACGCGCUCAACGAAAUUGUGGUCGAGCGUGGUCCAUCGGGUGCGCUUGUAGAGCUCAACUGCUACUGCGAUGGCCUAGAGAUCACCAAGAUUGCUGCGGAUGGCAUUAUCAUCGCCACACCGACGGGCUCUACAGCGUACUCGUUGUCGGCUGGUGGUUCAAUGGCGCACCCUUCUGUGCCUUCGAUGCUGUUCACGCCGAUCUGUCCGCACACACUGAGCUUCCGACCUCUGAUCUUCCACGACAGUGCCACGUUGAAGAUAGAGUUCCCUACUACGAGUCGUUCGUCGGCGUGCUAUGUGUCGUUUGAUGGCAAGAACCGUGUGCGUCUUGAACGUGGUGACAGUAUUGUUGUUCGUGUGUCGUCUUACCCGCUGCCUUCGAUCUGUCGGGUGAACGAGAACCAGGACUGGUUCGAAUCCAUGAUCACCAACCUUAACUGGAACCAACGUCGCGCUCAGAAGCCGUGGCAGGCACCUGUCACCAGCAAGAUUUAGUCCAGCCAAGCGUAAUUUCUUGGCCGCGGACUACCUGGGGUACGAUGGCGGACAAAUGAUUGAUGCAGCACGCAUGCUCCGUGGACUUUGCCUUCAGUGCUUGCGCCGCUGACCUUGCACGCGAGUUUUUUUUUCUUCUGCAUCAGUGUAAAAUAUUUAAGCCAAAUGCAAAGUGAACUUUUAGCUUUCCUUA